ACAGCUGUGUGGGGCACUGCUGGGUGGGAAGCUGGGUUUGAUUCCUUCCUCUUCGUUGUCAGGAUUUAGUCCAUUUGGGAGAGUUUCCGCGGCAGCCUUCACCAUGUUGGUCCCAAGCACACUCAUGAAGCAGCCGCCCAUUCAGUCUACGGCUGGGGCCGUCCCAGUUCGCAACGAGAAAGGUGAGAUUUCAAUGGAAAAGGUGAAGGUAAAGCGCUAUGUGUCCGGAAAGAGACCAGAUUAUGCCCCUUUGGAGUCCUCAGAUGAAGAGGAUGAAGAGUUCCAGUUCAUUAAGAAAGCUAAGGAACAAGGAGCAGAGCCUGAGGAACAGGGGGAGGACUCAUCCAGUGACUCCCGACUUCGGCGAUUACAGAACCGCAUUAGUGAAGAUGUGGAAGAGAGAUUGGCUCGACACAGAAAAAUAGUGGAACCUGAAGUAGUAGGAGAAAGUGACUCAGAAGUAGAAGGAGAUGCUUGGCGUAUGGAACGAGAAGAUAACAGUGAGGAAGAGGAGGAAGAAAUUGAUGAUGAAGAAAUAGAGCGGCGGCGUGGCAUGAUGCGCCAGCGAGCACAGGAGAGAAAAAAUGAAGAGAUGGAAGUCAUGGAGGUGGAAGACGAAGGGCGCUCUGGGGAGGAGUCUGAGUCUGAGUCUGAGUAUGAGGAGUACACAGACAGUGAAGAUGAUAUGGAGCCGCGACUUAAGCCUGUCUUCAUUCGAAAGAAGGAUCGGGUGACAGUUCAAGAACGAGAAGCUGAAGCCAUGAAACAGAAGGAACUGGAACAAGAAGCAAAACGCAUGGCUGAGGAGCGGCGGAAGUACACCCUCAAGAUUGUAGAAGAGACCAAGAAAGAGCUAGAGGAGAACAAGCGGUCCCUUGCCGCCCUGGAUGCGCUCAAUACUGAUGAUGAAAAUGAUGAGGAGGAGUACGAGGCGUGGAAAGUCCGAGAGCUCAAAAGAAUCAAGAGGGAGAGAGAAGACCGAGAAGCGCUUGAAAAGGAGAAAGCAGAAAUUGAACGCAUGAGAAACCUGACGGAGGAAGAAAGGCGGGCCGAACUGCGGGCAAAUGGCAAAGUCAUUACGAACAAAGCUGUUAAGGGCAAAUACAAGUUUCUACAAAAGUAUUAUCACGGAGGUGCCUUCUUCAUGGACGAGGAUGAAGAAGUCUACAAGAGAGAUUUUAGUGCACCUACUCUUGAGGACCAUUUCAACAAAACCAUUCUUCCAAAAGUUAUGCAGGUCAAGAAUUUUGGACGGUCUGGUCGCACCAAGUACACCCACCUUGUGGACCAAGAUACCACUUCCUUUGAGUCUGCGUGGGGCCAAGAGAGCGCCCAGAACACCAAAUUCUUUAAACAAAAGGCGGCAGGGGUACGAGAUGUAUUUGAGCGACCAUCUGCCAAGAAGAGGAAAACCACCUAGGCUUCAACUACUUAUUCCAACUGUGGGACACAA